AUGAAAGGUGUAAUGAGAUUUGGAAAGAAAGGAAAGCUUAAACCAAAGUAUAUUGGUCCAUAUGAAGUAUUGAAAAGGGUAGGCAAAGUAGCUUACAAGCUAGCCUUACCUAUGGAGCUAAGUAAAGUUGGUGUAUUUCAUGUAUCUCAGUUAAGAAGGUAUAUCCCUGAUAAGUCACAUGUGCUACAACCUGAAACUAUUGAGCUAGAUCAAAGCUUAACUUAUGAAGAAAAACCUGUCAAGAUCCUUGACAGUAAAGUGCGUAGUACACGCAAUAAGGAAGUUAAUAUUGUGAAAGUGCUAUGGUCUAACCAAGAGUAUGAAGAAGCAACUUGGGAAGCCGAGGAUGAGAUGGAAAAGAAGUAUCCCGAGUUGUUUGAGUUAUCUUGA